AUGGUGGGACUAACCCUAGCCGCCAAACUCAUAGCCACCGAACAGCAGAUCGAAUUCCCGCUGUCAAUAUCUAUCGACAAUCAGGCAGCAAUAGUAUCAGGUGAGCGCUUUCACUCAGGACCAGGAGCUUACCUCUCCCUCAAGUUUCAAAAGCUACUAAGAGCAGUAAAGUGGUCCAACCCGCACUACGAUAUAACGGUUAGAUGGGUUCCAGGUCACGAAGGGGUCCACGGGAACGAGGAAGUAGAUAAAGCAGCGAAAGUAGCGGCAGAGGGACUACACCGCUCAAGCCCCCGUGCGUCACUUCCUAAAUAUCUCCGCAAUGGUCCGCUACCUUUAAGUAUCGCAGCGCUGAAACAAGCACAUCGAGCGCAAAUACAAGCCAGAUGGACAAGGAUAUGGCCCUCAUCUCCCCGCUUUCAACGCCUUCAAGAAAUAGAACCCAACGCUCCCAACAGAUCAUUCCUCAAACUCACCGCUCAAUACUCUAAACGUCUCACCAGUCUCAUAAUCAGCCUCUGCACGCGCCACAUCCCACUAAACCAACACUUGCAUCGCUUGACUAAGGUCGACUCCCCCCACUGCCCCCAUUGUCCGCAAACAGAAGAAACCAUACAUCAUUAUCUAUUCGCAUGUCCACAGUAUCAACGCGAGCGUCACAUCCUAUCCUGCGCCUUAGGUCGAAAAUCCACCUCGUUACCUCAUCUCCUAGCAGCCUCCGAAGCCAUACCUCACUUAGCAAGAUUCGUAAACGCCACACGAUGUAUGAAACCCAUGUUAGGUGAAAUUUCGCUUCCAUCUACCUAA